GCCAAGGGCCCUGAAGCUCGUGGCUCGAGGGUUCUGGAUUCUGGAUUCCACUUUCCUGUGAAGGGGACGCGAGGGGGCUCCGUGUCGUUCCACGUGGUGCAGCAGCCAGGAUGGGCUCCUGGACAGAAGCUGGAGGAGAUCUCGUGGGGCUUUGGCCCUGAGUCAGCGCACAGAGUAUUCCUGCAGGUCCCCAAUGGGACAGCCCCUCCAACCUGGGUCAGCCUUGAGGACAAGUUCAAAACGAGGCUCCACGUGCCCAACACGAUGUCCCUUACGAUUGAGAAUGUGACCUCACAGGACAGUGGGCACUAUCGGGCUCAGGUCAGAUUCACUGGAGGAUUCUCAUCUACCCAGGUUUUCUACCUCACCGUCUAUGAGCCAGUGCCUGCUCCUCAAAUCCUGGCUGAGUCACCGUCCAUCACAUCUGGCUGGUGCAACAUCACCCUGCAAUGCAGGGCCACAGGGGCCACAGAGCAGCUGAACGUGAGCUGGGAGAGCACAGGUCCCCCCAGCGAGCUGAAGCAGGGAGGGGCACCAGGACCAGCCAACAACUCCUGGACCCUGGCUGUGAGUCUACCCCUGAGUCAGCCCAAAGCCAGCCUCACCUGUGUGGUCAGCAACCAGGGGGACCAGAAGAGUACCACCUUGGACCUGAGUGAUGUCUGUGUCCAAGGUGCAGCCCUGCAGCGGGACCACAGGGGUGAUGAUGGUGGCAUGCACUACGCACAGCUGAUGAAGGAGGAGACUCAGGAUGGCCAGGAGAAGGCUGUCGGUAGGCAACAUCUGGGAGAACAGGAGUCUAUCAUGACCAUCUACAGUCAGAUCCAUAGCCCAGGCCAGGGGAUGAAGAUCAUCUAA